AUGCUCAGGAGCUUCUGUCUCCAGCUCAUGUCCUUGCUUUGGAUCCUCUUGGCGCAUCACCAGCUCGCCCAAGGUGAUGACUGCAGUGAGCGCUGCAACCUGGCCCAUGGCUGCUGCGACCAGGAUGGGAAGUGCAGGUGCGAUCCAGGCUGGGAGGGCGAGUACUGCGAGGAGUGCGUGCGCAUGCCGGGGUGCCUCCACGGGACCUGCCACCAGCCCUGGCAGUGCAUCUGUCACAGCGGCUGGGCCGGCAAGUUCUGCGACAAAGACAUACACAUCUGCGAACACCAGUCCCCGUGCCAGAACGGGGCUCAGUGCGUCUACGACCGAGACGGGGACUACUCCUGCCUGUGUCCAGAGGGCUUCCACGGGAAGGACUGUGAGAUGAAGGCAGGGCCGUGCGAGAAGGCAGGGUCUCCGUGCAAGAACGGGGGGCAGUGUCAAGACGAAAACGGCUUUGCCAGCAACUUCACCUGCCGGUGCCUCGCCGGCUUCGUGGGGGCUCUCUGCGAGCACGACGUGGACGACUGCCUGAUGCGCCCCUGUGCCAACGGUGCCACCUGCCACGACGGCAUCAACCGCUUCUCCUGCCAGUGCCAGGUGGGCUUCGAGGGGCGUUUCUGCACCAUCAACAUCAACGACUGCGCCAGCCAGCCCUGCAAGAACGGGGCAAAGUGCUACGACCGCAUCAACGACUAUGACUGCUUGUGUCCUGACCGUUUCACCGGCAAAACCUGCGAGAUCUCCGUCCCCGAGCCCACCUGGGCUCCCCCCUACCACCCUGCGAACCAGGAGAGCGGCGGGGCGAUGCGGAGCACCACCAGCGAGACGCCCCCCGGGGUGACGCAGCUGGAGCCCGUCAGGACUGCGGUCACGGGGCGGCGUGUGGCCAACCACAGCGAGAAGGUGCCGGGGGGCGGGUUGUUGAAAAUCUCUGUGAAGGAGGUGGUGACCCAGAGGGACUCCGGGCUGAGCGAAGCCCAGCUGGUGACGGUGCUGGUGUUCGGGGUGCUGACGGCGGUGCUGGUCCUCAUCACCGUCCUGCUCAUCCUGAGGAACUGGCAGAGGGGCCGUCAGAGGUCGAACUGGUGCCAAAGCCCUUCGCAGGCUGCCAGGAAGCUCCAAGACCAGGAGUGCCAGGUGGGCAUGCUGAACACCGUCCUGAUCGAGCCCAGGAAGACGACGGAGCUGUGAGCUGCGAGGACUCUGAGCCAGGCCCCGGCAGGUCGUCGUGCUGGCAGACCCCCUCGGACUGCGCCCCGGGCAGCUGUUCUGGUGCAAACUGGGGCAGCGAGCGCAUCGACGAAACCCCACGGCGCUGGGCACGGCACGACGUGUCCGAGCCAUCUCCGCCCGGCCGGCACAGCCAGCGCCCGCGGGAAUCGAGGCAGGGCCACGUGGGGCCAGCCCCACGAGGGAGCAGCGCCGGUACCGCUCCGACGUGAGCUCUCGGAGGAGGAGGACACGGCCGUCUCACAGACAUCUUCUGGCAGGCCCUUUGCAACUCCUCCCUGUGACUACUGGAAGUGGCUUUGCCCUGUUUCUGCUGGUGUUGGGGUGUUUCUUCUGGGGCCUUUGGGAUGGUUGCGUCUGCUCAGGGCUCUCUGCCCUGGGAUGGGACGGGGUCUCCCGGCGGUUUCUGGAGGCUGUCGUUUCAGAUGCCGUGUCCCUAAGGAGCGAGCAAACGCUGCUCUUGCUCCGCGGCCUCGUGGUUCUGUGAGCCAGUUCGAAGAGACUCUGGAGAUCACCUGGGGUCUCCUCCUGCUCUUUUCCUGCCGUGUGAUGGAUGCCCCCUCCUCUUGCUGUCAGCCUUGGCAUUACAAACGUGUUCCGUACCUUCCUCCUGAUGAUCCGUGGGGUCUUUUCCCCCCACUUACCGAGCCGUCCUUUCUGGCCUGGACGCAAACCACAAAGCUUCCCCAGCGCGCACUUCUGCUUCGCUGUUUGCUGACGGGGAGGAGCACAGCCUGCUCCCCUCCGGGGUCCUCAGGGCCUGAGCGGGUGCUUCUCACGUGCCCCUGCAGGUGAAACUGGAGAUGGAUGAGGCUGGAGAUGGGCUGUGGCUGGGUUAGGAGCAAGACAAGAUCCAGACCCUCGUUUCCCCUGCCAGCCACGCCAAGGCAGGCUGCCAGCACUAACCUCAAACCAGCCACCGCAGUGCUUCUUGAUACAAACCAGGCCACGCUCCCCGCCGUGGCUGUGACGAGCCCGGGACGACUGUAGGAAGCAGACAGAGCACUGCCUUCCCCUCCGUUGCUAAAGCACAGCUGAGAGGCAGCAGAUUGCCGUGGCACUUAGUCCGCGCACCAGGUCUGCUCUGCCUUUUCUGGUUUGGUGCGCAGCAAUCAGCGCCUCCCUGCCAGGAUUUUCUGCGCCGCCUCCUCAUGGGAACCGGGGGUUAAGCAGUGGAUCCCUUACAAACAAAGCAAAGCAAAACAAAGCAAAAUAAACCCUACUACUGGCCUGUAGGGCUGCAGAGCUGAGUUCAAGGCGAUGUGCAAAGAGAGUGGACAGAGGAGCUGAACUGCUCAGCCAGGAGGGAGGCCUGGGAGAAGGGGCUGGGGCUUCAUCAGAAAGAUUAUUUUUUUAAUACAUGGAUGGAUGAUGUACCUUUAUCAAAUAAAACAAAUACAAGCCCAG